AUGCACGCAUACAUCGGCGAAUUAGCGCCUAGUAAUAAGCCCUCGCCGACCCAAGAGCGCGGUGACUUCAAAAACGGCGAACAUGUGGACGGAGGAACCGGGCACCGUACGCGAGUGGCAUGGAGUGAUGACGAGGUAGGUGGCUCGAGUGUGCCCACGCCCGUGUCGGGCGAGAGCGUGCCAAUAGGAGUGGAAAAGACGGGGCAAGACGAGACGAUAGGGGAUGGGCACGGGAAUUCUGACCAAUCCCGAGCUUGGACAGGCGGCCUCGGGCCCCCAACUACUGCGCCUAUUUGUGGGACCCGUACUGAUCGGCGUUCGUACGCGGCCGCAGUGGCUGACUCCUUCCUUGACGGAGAUAGUCAGUAUCCAGUGGCUACAGAACGGGGUGCACAGGGGAAAGGACCGCGGGUCGGGUCCUCUCCUAUCGCGGGAGCUUUUUCCUGUGACGUUGUGGCUCGAUCUCGAAAUCUCGGGUCGGCGUAUGAGCCUCACUUGUUGGUGUCUGCGGGCUCGACCGGUGAGAGCUGCAACAGAGCAGGGAAGGGCCGACACGGUAGACGGGCAGGGUCCGGGACUUUUCGCUGA